AUGCAACGACGCGAGAACCGACAGCGGCGAGACUACAUAUAUCGGAGGGCGCUGACUCUGAAGGAUGCCGAAAUCGCAGAGAAGCGCUCGAAAUUGAAGGCGUCGCUGGCAUCAGGCAAACCUUUGGAUCCAUCCAUCGCAAACGACAAGCAGCUGCGAACCGACUACAAGUUCGAUGAAUCCCGAGCCGACCGCACCGCCGACGAUGAACUUGAGCUGGACGACGAGUACAGCUUCCUCUCCGGAGUCGUAGACCCACGUGUGCUUGUAACCACCUCACGCGACCCAAGUAGUCGACUCGCCGCAUUCGCAAAGGAGAUUCGCUUGCUUCUACCCACCAGUAUCCGUCUCAAUCGCGGUAACCUCAUUUUGCCCAACCUGGUCGGAAGCGCAAAGUCUAGCGGCCUGUCUGAUGUGAUUCUCCUCCACGAGCACCGUGGUACACCUACCGCAAUGACCGUAUCUCAUCUUCCUCACGGACCCACAGCAUCCUUCAGCUUACACAAUGUCGUACUGCGACACGACAUACCGAAUGCUUCCCGUGGAACCGUGAGCGAGAGCUACCCGCAUCUUAUUUUCGACGGCUUCACGACCGCACUGGGAAAGCGCGUAGUGAAGAUUUUACAGCACAUGUUCCCUCCGCGAGAAAGCGGCGCAAAGUUGGGAUCUCGGGUGGUCACCUUUAAGAAUAUCGAGGAUAGUAUUGAGGUCAGACAUCAUGUCUUUGUCAAGACUGGAUAUCAGAGUGUGGAGCUGGCUGAGGUCGGCCCACGCAUGACGAUGCGAUUGUUCGAGAUUCGACAGGGCACGGCAGAGAACAAGGAUGGCGAUGUGGAGUGGCAUAUGAACCAAUACACUAGGACAAGCAAGAAGAAGGACUACUUGUGA